GCUUUCCCGGGCGCCUGCUUGCAAAUGUCAGGCACUUGCUGCAGCAGCCCCGGGAGCGGGUCCUUCUUCCCCGGGCGGGCAGCGGCGGCGUCUCCUUUCGGUUCAUGUUUUUAUCCCGUUUUUUGGUAAAGAUGGCAGCCAACAAUGCAGUGCUGAACAGACUGGAGCAGAAGGGUGCAGAAGCUGAUCAAGUUAUUGAGUACCUCAAGCAACAAGUUGCCCUGCUCAAGGAAAAAGCCAUCUUGCAGGCAUCUCUCCGAGAAGAGAAGAAGCUCCGUGUAGAAAAUGCUAAACUGAAGAAAGAAAUUGAAGGGCUGAAACAGGAGCUGAUUCAGGCUGAAAUUCGAAAUGGAGUAAAGCAGGUUGCAGUUCCCCCUGGUACAACCCUUUCUACAGCUUCAUUUUCAGAGGACAUUCCACAACCUACAGCAGUUACAGCAUCUUCUGGUUCCAAAGAUCAAGUUAAAGGUGAGGAUGAAGAAAAGAAAAAGAAGGAAAAAGUAGAAAAAAAAGGUGAAAAGAAGGAGAAGAAACAGCAGCCAGCUGCUGGAAGUAGUGAUGCAAAACCUGUAGACGUUUCUCGUCUGGAUCUUCGUGUUGGCUGCAUUAUUACUGCUGAAAAGCAUCCAGAUGCAGACACUCUGUAUGUUGAACAAGUGGAUGUUGGUGAAGCAAGCCCAAGGACUGUUGUCAGUGGUUUAGUGAAACAUAUUCCUCUGGACAAGAUGCAGAAUCGGAUGGCAAUACUACUCUGUAACUUGAAACCUGCAAAGAUGAGAGGAGUAGUAUCUCAAGCAAUGGUGAUGUGUGCCAGCUCCCCAGAAAAAGUGGAAAUUCUGGCUCCUCCACCUGGAGCAGUACCUGGGGACAGAAUCACUUUUGAAGGUUUUCCUGAAACUCUUCUGAAGAAUAUUUUCUGGGAAGAAGGAACGCAGUGAGGAGAAAGGCAUAGGAAAAUGCACAGCCUAAAACUCUGGUAGUAUUUAAAAUUGGUGCCUAUGCUAAUCUAAUAUGAGCUCACCACAGAUCCCAAGGGAGCUUGGUGCAGGAUUCCAAAGAAACUUAUUAACAUCCAAAGUGUGUUUUUUAUAAUAAAAGUCAGGAGGUUUUCUUACUGAAAAAAAAAAAUCAUGUGCUUUUUAUAU